UUCUGGGUUCUGGACAUACACCCCUCCAGCAGCUGUUUAAAGGGGCAGUUGGUCCAGCACCGGGCAGCCAGCACCAUGAUGCCCCGAACACUGUCCCUGCUGCUGCUGGUGGUGGUCUGGCUCCCCAUGGUGGGGUCUGCACCCCCCACCUGCUACUCCCGGAUGCUAACCCUGAGCCGGGAGAUCAUGGGGGACUUCCAGAGCCUGCAAGCUUCAGAACCCGAGGAUUCGUGUGUGAGGUACCUGCCCCAGCUCUACCUGGAUAUCCAUAAUUACUGUGUGCUGGCCAAGCUGCGGGACUUUGUGGCCUCACCUCAGUGCUGGAAAAUGGCUGAGGUGGAUGCACUGAAGGACAGAGUGCGGAAGCUGUACACCAUCAUGAACUCCUUCUGCCGGCGGGACUUGGUGUUCCUCUCGGAUGACUGCCACGCCUUGGACCACCCAGCCCCAGUGACCACGGCUCCACCGGAUUGGCAGAGCUAGAAAGUAGGCAGACCAGAGGAAGAACUGGGGUCCUACUGCUGAACACGCUUUACGCAUAGGUUAGAAGCUCAGCUCCAAUGUGUCCUGCCAGGUUGCUAGACGUACAAAGAAAAGUGCGCAGCGGCCCUUCAGGGAGUGCUCUGCUUGCGACUGGCGGAGCCCUGUGUCUCAGACUUGAAGACACAGCAGACCCAUUCUUUCUAGAUGGGCACCUGCUUACACUGAAGCCGUCUUCAGCUUUGUGGCCCCUUCCUCCACAAACUUUCUUCUUUUCCCACAUUGGAAGCAUUUUUACUGCUUUCGUAACGUAUUUGUCAGGCUUCUAUGUAGUGUUGCAGGAACCACCCUUUCACUGAGGGGUGAUGAUAAUCGAAUAAAGAAACCGU